UACCAGCUGAUAUGUGUGUUUAUUCCCCGUUGACAUUUCAGUUUGUUUGAUUUUGUUUACAAAAUACGUAGCGGAACUGCAACACUUUACUGGUGCUUAUUUCAAUGUUAGCGAUUCAUGGAGGCAAAAUUAGAGUCCUAUCGUCUUAGAAAGCGUCGCCAGGUCGUUUUCCAUAGAAUUAAAGACAAAUUCUUGAGGAUGGUAUCGUUUAACCAGCCGAAUACGGAGAAAACCGAACACGUCAUCGAGAUUAGGGAAAGUGUAUCGUCAGCAGAGAACUCUGCGCCACUUCAACCGAAAACCAAAGAGGUUUAUCUCCACGAUGUCACGCCGGUUACUUCGGAUGAUGAAAAUGACGACGACGACAAUCACUUAAUCAAAGCUAAUGACGCCCGACCGAAUCAAAAGACAUGGCUCACCUACAUCACCUACUGUCUCUAUUUUCUGUUCUGGGCAACGUGCUACGUUAUCGCCAUUGAACUGAAAUUCGGGACGGUUUAUUUUCUGCUUUCCGCCCUAUUCGCGGUGUACUUCAAUACGAGAACCGGACCGAAACAUCAGAAUGAAAUCAGUGCGUACAGUGUUUUUAACAAGGAUUGUCACAGCAUCGACGGAACGUUGAAAGCCGAACAAUUCGAGCGUGAGAUCCGGUAUGGACCAUCUAGUGUGAAAUGAAAUGGAUGGCUAAGACAACAGCCUGUUGUUGUAAUUAAGGUGAGUGACUAUAACUAAUGUACUGACAUAUCCCAAAAAUACGUCUUUCCUGCAAACAAUUUAAAUUUAAGUUAAGUAAGUGUCCAUGUCAAUCCUAGCAUGUCACGCAAGGAAGAUUGGUCAUUUCGUUCAAAUAAAAAUGUAAAGAAGACACUGCGUUGUACUGUACAAUGAAACAAACGUUCAGCACGUUCUACAAUUGAACAAUUGAAAUUAAUCGUAAGCUGCACUGCAUGGUGUGGAAACGAAACAUUUUAAUAAUCAGCAUGCGCUGCUAAGUGCAGUGAUGUGCUGUGGUGAAAUAUAGAAAUUAAAUGCAAUGUAAAGGAGGUCUUUUGCGUGAUAAGUUCUGUUGUUUUAAUAAAAUUUCGGUUG